GCUUUAUCAAUACAUUGCUAGAUUAAAUCCUUAAAGUACUGAAGGAAUUAUUUAUUACGGUAGAACAUAAACUUUUCAUUAAUUAUUUUCCAAAUCUUUCUUUAUUCGCAGUUCGAACUACGAGAGCACCAAAUUAACAUUCUAGCAACGAGUUGCGCAAAAAGUCUGAAAACGUAAACGUUCCUAUUAGAAUCUUUUGCUUUUUUUCACAAUAUAUUGAAGUGUCUCAGAGAAUUGUCAGUCAUCAGUCAUUAUGUCGAUUGCCGUAGACCGUAUCCAAAAUUACUAUCAGUACAAAGAUGCUGAAGCAAAAUAUUAUCAGCUGCUUAAGGAUGAUAAACAAGGAAACAAAAAAAGUUCUUUAGAACAACCACAGCUUUCACAAGUACAACAAACUUCUCAAGAAUCAAAGAACAAGAAAAAUAAGAAUAAAAAAAAGAAGGAUUCAGUUUCAUCAGAAACAUCACUUGCUGAGUUGACAAAAGAAGAAAAAGUAACAGUUUCGAUCUCGAAGGAUGAUACAAUUGAGGAUGUAUCAGCAAAAACUGAUUCAGGAAUUGUUGAUGAACCUUCGGAAUCAUCUGCUUCUAAAAAGAAAUCCAAAUCCAAAAAACAAAGAGAAAAGAAAGCAGCAGCUGCAUUGGCUGCUACACAACAACAGCAAGACCAAUCAGUGCAAUCUAUCACUACAAAAGAAUGUCCAUCUAAAGAAAAAAUUGUCAUUGAUUUGACUCCCAACUUGACCCAAUCGCAAGCUUCUUCUACAUCAAAAUCAAAGGACAAGAAAAAGAAAACCAAAAAUACUGCUGAAUCUGUAAAGCCCAAAGACAAUGAGAAUGACAAGAACGGUGUUGGCACAGCAACAACCUCAACUCUUGUUUCGGAAAUCGCCAAAGCUAGACAACACAUCAAAUCUUCUUUGGAGCGUGUUGAUGGAGCUUCAGCUAUGAGUGGACCAGGUGUAGAGCUUUUGGACAGAAUUUCCUCGGUCGAAAAAGAAAAUGCUCAGCUUCGUGGAGUUAUUGAAGGUUUACAAAAACUAGUAAUGUCAAUGGAAGGCCGUUUGAAAUCAUUAGAGGGAGGUUCUUCCGCCAAACCGACAACAACACCAGCUAGUUCAGCGCUAGCAAAGCAAACUCCCGCUGAUCAUGACGACGACGAUGUUGACUUGUUCGGUUCCGAAGAUGAGGAUGAAGAAGCCGAGAAAAUCAAGGAAGAACGUGUCAAAGCAUAUGCAGCCAAGAAAUCAAAGAAACCUGCAUUAAUUGCUAAAUCUUCAAUCCUUAUGGAUGUAAAACCUUGGGAUGAUGAGACCGAUAUGAAGGAGAUGGAACGCUUAGUGCGAACAGUUCAAAUGGAUGGUUUAUUAUGGGGAGCAUCUAAAUUGGUUCCUCUUGCAUAUGGCAUCAAGAAACUUCAAAUAAUGUGCGUCAUUGAAGAUGACAAAGUAUCUGUAGAUGAAUUGCAGGAAAAGAUUCAAGAAUUUGAAGAUUUCGUUCAAUCUGUGGACAUUGCUGCUUUCAACAAAAUCUAAGCUUAAAUAUUUAUAUUGUGAAAUGAGGCAAACUUUAUGAACCUAGAGACAAAAAUUCAUUUCCAUGUCUUUAAAACAUUAAUCUCAUGAAAAUAAACUCAGAUUUUCGAUUUGAAACUUAAC